CCUUGUUUGAAGGCAGCUGCGGGAGGUUCAAGGCAGGCAGUGUCCCCUCUCUUCUGCCUCGGGACAGCUGGUUAUUGUCAGAUCCUAACAAAUCUUCCUUGCUCAUUGCUCUCUGGGAGAGGAGGGAGGCUAUGCAGGGGGCUUUUCAUUGAUCCAAUGGGAAUUACAUUGAUCUGGUGUCUGGCCUUGGUUCUUAUCAAGUGGAUCGCCUCUAAGAGGCGUGGAGCUAUCUCCUAUGACAGCUCUGAUCAGACUGCGUUGUACAUUCGUAUGCUAGGAGAUGUACGCGUAAGGAGUCGAGCCGGAUUUGAAUCAGAAAGAAGAGGUUCUCAUCCAUAUAUUGAUUUUCGUAUUUUUCACGCUCAAUCUGAAAUCGAAGUUUCUGUGUCUGCAAGGAAUAUCAGAAGGUUACUAAGUUUCCAGCGGUAUCUUAGAUCGUCACGCUUUUUCCGUGGUACCAGCGUUUCGAAUUCUCUAAACAUUUUAGAUGAUGAUUAUAAUGGACAAGCCAAGUGUAUGCUGGAAAAAGUUGGAAAUUGGAAUUUUGAUAUCUUUCUAUUUGAUAGACUAACAAAUGGAAAUAGUCUAGUAAGUUUAACCUUUCAUUUAUUUAGUCUUCAUGGAUUAAUUGAGUACUUCCAUUUAGAUAUGAUGAAACUUCGUAGAUUUUUAGUUAUGAUCCAGGAAGAUUACCACAGUCAAAACCCUUACCACAAUGCAGUCCACGCUGCAGAUGUUACUCAGGCCAUGCACUGUUACCUAAAAGAACCUAAGCUUGCCAAUUCUGUAACUCCUUGGGACGUCUUGCUGAGCUUAAUUGCAGCUGCCACUCAUGAUCUGGAUCAUCCAGGUGUUAAUCAACCUUUCCUUAUUAAAACUAACCAUUACUUGGCAACUUUAUACAAGAAUACCUCAGUACUGGAAAAUCACCACUGGAGAUCUGCAGUGGGUUUAUUGAGAGAAUCCGGUUUAUUCUCACAUAUGCCAUUAGAAAGCAGACAACAGAUGGAGGCUCAGAUAGGUGCUCUGAUCCUGGCCACGGACAUCAGCCGGCAGAACGAGUACCUGUCCUUGUUUAGGGCCCAUCUGGACAAAGGCGACUUACGUCUGGAAGACAUCAGGCAUAGGCAUUUGGUUUUACAGAUGGCUUUGAAAUGUGCAGAUAUUUGUAACCCAUGUCGGACCUGGGAAUUAAGCAAGCAGUGGAGUGAAAAAGUAACAGAGGAGUUCUUCCAUCAAGGAGACAUAGAGAAAAAGUAUCAUCUGGGUGUGAGUCCACUUUGUGAUCGUCAGACCGAAUCUAUUGCCAACAUCCAGAUUGGUUUUAUGACGUAUCUCGUGGAGCCUCUGUUCACAGAAUGGGCCCGGUUCUCCAACACCAGGCUGUCCCAGACAAUGCUCGGACACGUGGGGCUGAACAAAGCCAGCUGGAAGGGACUGCAGCGAGAACAGUCCAGCAGCGAGGACGCUGAUGCUGCAUUUGAGGAGCUGAACUCACAGUUAUUACCUCAGGAGAACCGGUUAUCCUAACCGCCCCCCCGGCCCCCCCCCCCUGCCAAGUCAGUGGGCAGACUGCCUCUGGAGCUCGUUAGAAAUGUGAAUGGGGUCUUGAGGUGAGAGAACUUUACUCUUGACUGCCGAGGGAAGUGAAUGACGCCAGCAUUAUUUAUUUCCAGGAUUUCCUCUGUUGGAUCAUUUGAACCCACUUUUUAAUUAUAAGACCCGAACAUACAGCAAUAUGCAUUUGGCUUUCGUGUGAAACCUUGAAUAUGCAAAGCCCAGCGGGAGCAAACCGAAGGGAAUAACAAAGUUUUGCAGGAAGUUUUGCGGUGGCCCUCGUGCUUCUCGAAGCAUCAUGAAACUUGAACCGAAGCCUUCAGCAGAAAUCUUUGGAAUUUAACCCGUCUGAUGCAACAGUGUGUAUCUGUACCUUCCACUAAGUUCUCUCGGAGAAAAUGGAAAUGUGAAGUGCCCAGCCUCUGCGCCUCUGGCCAGACUCGAUGUUUACACACCAACUCUGAAAUACUGGUUCUCAAUCCGCCUUGGAGCACGAUUUUGAAGGAACCACUAAGAAUUUU